UUUGCAUGGAUGGCCUCAUCGACUCCCUCACUCUUCUUCAGUACGUUUUAAACAAACCCCAAAGAGAUUUCACAGCUCUCUAAUGUCUUAUCAGAGUAGUCCGACGAAAGAUUUCGCCGAUGACGUCGAAUGGUGUGACGAACACUGGCCGGAGCUAGAGUUCCGGUCACCGGAGGACGAAGCUUGGUACGCCGUGGAGGUUUCAGAGAUAUGCGACGCUCUCUUGAUCAGGUUUAACGGCUUCACUUGUGAUUACGACGAGUUUUAUCCGUCGGACGAGUUCAAGAACUCCGACGAGAUUCAAGAGUUUGAAGAGAGGUUUCGAGCUUGUUCUCUGCAGAUGCAAGACACUGAGUGUCCCACGGUCACUGAAGGAACCAAGGUCUGCGCCACGUUCCCUUCCGUCACCGGCGAUGUCAAGUUCUACGACGCCAUUGUCGUCACGGUUGAGAGGACGAAGCAUGAACGUGACGAGGAAGGUAACGAGGUCUGUGGGUGCAACUUCAAAGUGUUCUGGAAACAAGGUCCUUGGGUUAACCAAGUCACUUCUGCUAAAGUCGGAGACAUCUGUCUUAGAGCGGAGGAUAAUAGAAUGAAUCCUAAAGUGGUUUCCUUCUUUAAAGAAGCUAGAAGGAAGCUUCUUGGAGAAGCAUGUCUCCAAGGGGAAGAGACAGAGUGGCAAAAGAUACUGAAGAAGGUCAGUUCUGCUAUUGAAAACAAUUUAAGCUUGUCUUCUCUUCCAGAGAAUCAUGGUUAAAAGGAGUCAUAUGUUUGUGUUGUGUUGCUUCACAAUGUCGUGUCUGCAAAAUAGCUCAAAAUUGUGGUUUCAUUGUGUUAAGAAUAGUAGAGAACUCUAUGUACCCUUUUGAGGUAGUUUCUUAGUUAAGAAGAAGGAUGAUAUAAUCUUGUUAAUGUAUCAA